GCGAUCGCAUGGCCGCCGCCUCCCGCCCGCGCGCGAUGGCUCGGCCUAGAGGGGCUUCCGCGGCCGCCCUCGGCUCCUCCUUGGUGGAGGCGGCCGUACGCGCCGCGGUCCUCGCGCGCGCCCCACGGCGCACCGUCGCCGCCGUGGCCCGCUCCGCCAUCUCCGCCGCCCUGUUCGCGGGCGCGGAGACGCAGGAGCCUGGGGCCACGGCCGGCGAGGUGCCUGCUGCUGGUGCGCCUGGAGAACACGCUGCUGGCCCGCGCGCCGCCUCCGCGGCGCGCGUGGAGAGGCGGCGACGCCGCCGCCAGCGCCUGGCGGUGCGGCGGAGUGCGCCCACAGGUGCUGCUGGGACGGGGACGGGCGCGGGCUCGGAGCUCGUGGCCCUUCCCCCUGCUGCUGCUGCCGCUGCUGCUGGCGCGGGCCCUGGGCCCGCUCUGGCCGCCGAGGCCGCGGUGGCCGUCUCGGCCGCGCCCGUCGAGAUGCUCGUGGACGAUGACGACUUCGACGACGAAUGGGCAGACGGCCCCAUGAAGGGGGCUAAGGAAGUGGCGCGCCCUGCGGCGGCGGCGGAGCCUGGCGCAGCGGCCGCGGUGGCGGCGGUGCCUGGCGGAGCCGCGGCGGCGGCGGUCCUGGCAGCGGCCGAGGGCGACCGCGUCCGCCUUCCCGAUGGGCGGGUGGCCACGAUCGCCAGCAUCGAGCCCGAGGACGGCCAGCUGCUCGUCCUCUUCGGCGAGGGCCGCCGCGCGACGCACAUCCUCGUCGACCUCGACGGCCUGGAGCUCGCGCCUGGCGCGGCCAUCACGCCGUGGCCUCCGGGCCCCGGUGGAGGACGUGGAGUCGUUCGGGGAGCUGCGCGCGGGGCCGGCUCCCGAGCGGCGGGGGGAGGGCGAUAAUGUCCCGUGGAGGGGCCGUCCUCCCCCUCAACGUCUUCCUCUUCGGCGUCGCGCUCGACGUCGGCUUCUCAGGAGUUGGGGGCACCCUCAGAUUGCCUCACGAGUUCGUCCUCCGCAUGGCGCUGGGCGACGAGAUGGUGCUGAGUGCCUGCGACCCGCGGGCGCUCGGCGCGGCGGCCGCCGAGGCGGCGACCCGCGUCCGCGGGAGUGUCUUCUUCUUCUUCCUCCUCCCCCUCCUUCUCCCCCUUCUCCUACGCGCGGCCGCACGUAGCAUACGUAUCAGCAUGCUUGUAAGUCCGGCAAGCGCAGCUAUAAUUCUGGCAAGCGCACUCAUAAACCGAGCAGCUGGGGCGG